AUGACCACCAGUCCUCUCGGAGUUUUCGGAAAUCUUCCGGCGGACUUGAUCUCCGCUCUCUGCAAGCACCUCCAGAUGGACGACGUCCUCACACUCUCCAAACUCGACAAUCACCUCGGAUUCCUUAUCGAGGGCAUUAUCUACAAGGAGAUCAAGCAAAUUCGAAUCGAAGUUCUUGAAGAAAGUGAGUGGAUUAAAAAAAAAGUCAAUCUUCCAUUUCCAAUCCUUUUCCAGACUCCUUCAUUCACUUCGUUUACAAUGACGGAAGAGUGACUAAGUUGAAUUUGAGUCAACUCGACUGGAUGGACAUUGUGGAGCACGGAAAGUGCAUCCAUCAUCUUGAAUUGGACAUUUCUCCCGAGCAGAGCACUUCUGAUCUUUUUUCGGGGCUCAAAAAGGCAUCUUUUGCUCUCCGCACGAUCAAAAUUAACAUUCGUGAGAGCUCGGAUAACAAUGCGCACAGACUGAAUACGGUCCACAAGGUGAGAACACUUUCAAAUGAUUCUUCUUCUAUGUGAGUCCUUCCCAGAGAUGCGCCGCCCUUGUUGUCCGCCACCGUGCCUCGAUCCGUCAUCUGGAGGUGUCCACUUCCGAUGAGCAACGUGUCGCCGCCACGAUGGACGGCGCCUCGAUCCGCCUGAAUUACGAACAGUCGAGAGCCCCGAAACCGAGCGAGAAGAUGCAGCAGUCGACCAAUUUCUACUUCGUGCUGAACAUGUUCCACGACUUCCUCGACUGUAAGUAUCUCUAUUCUUAUUGACACCUAUUCAUCCUUAUUUCUAAUUCCAGAUCACUCGUUCACAAAUGUCACUCUUGAAAUCGGAAACAAGUUCGACGCGAACCUCGCUCUUCAGAAAGCGUCUCAAAUUGCGAUCCCGCACUCGAAGCGGAGAAUUCUAGAGAAUCUGACGAUUGAAUUCGGAAACUCGCUCAAAAAAAUCGCGGAGGAGGAAAUGAAGGAAGUGCUGCUGAAGCACGUGGAUGAGUUUCACCUCAGCACUCCGAACCUCCAGCACUUCCACUGCAGUCUGCCACAUGACGAGGUAACUAGAGGACAACUUCUUCCGAAAUCAUCCAACCCGUUGUCCUUUUCAGAUCGAUCUGUCCCAAGAGUUCCUCUCGCAACUGAACGAACCUGUCCGCAACGCGCGCAAAUCUCCGAGCAGCCGCCCGUACAACUCUUCCAUUUCUCUUCGUACCGUCAAAUGCAAGUGAAAAGGAUGAAUCCUUUUUCCCAGGAUUUGUAUAAUUGCAAAGAAUACCAAGUGUAUAAUAAUGUUUAUCUAUCUCUCUGAUGCUCAUGUCAACUGCCACCUUCUAUAAACAAUGUCUCUGUUUAUGCUUCUAGUCACUCGAAUGACACGUUAUCUCGGUCUGAAAGCGUGACCGGAAGCCUUUGAGCACUUUGUGGCAUCUCGAUGCGAAAGGAUCGGAGAAACUCGAAACGACUGGCGUGUUACACCUUGAACAGCUGACUUCUCAGACGGGGACAACCGGUCAGUAUUUGCCUCUUUCCGCAGAGCCACUUUACUUCUCUUCUGCGAAAUGGCCGACUCUAUUGCUUCAAUUGGCAAUCGAUACAUUGACAACAAUGGUAAUCUGCCACGUGUUGGGCACUGUCACCCACUUGUCCCCCACUUUCAGAUUCGGAUAUGCACUUUUUGCGUACAUGGGCGGUCCGAAGGUGUCAGCACACCGAUUGGGAUGUUUGCGAACGAAUCAGACUGUGCGAAUUGCAAGAGGUACCGAAUAAAUUGAAAAUAAUGAAAACUGUUAUGGAAUUGAGGCGAGAGACCGGGCGGCGCAGAUGGAGAAAACGAUGAGGUGGUGGUCGAGUUGCACGGCCGAAUGGAGAAAUCGAUGGAGGUGAUAACAGCGGUUGUGGAGCCGCACGUUUAUAAUAUUCGCUUGUUCAGUGCGGUGCGUGACGAACGGAAUCGUGCUCGGGAAGAGGCUGAAACUCUCCGUCACAACUAUGAUCUUCUGCUCGUAAGACCCUUUUCUCUCUCCCAACGCAGAAUGUUCUUUAACAGGAAGAGAAGCGUGCUCUCGCUGAUCAGCUCUUCCACACGGACUCGGAAAGCGAAGAGACGCGAGCGGAGCUGCCGAAGACGGAAAUUGACGGAACGAGACGGAACGCGGUCGUGCAGACGGUCCAUUCGAUUCCUUGCGAUCCGCCGUCCAUCCUCAUUUCCAGCUACUCUUCGGCGCAGAUCGAAGCCGUUCUCCGGGAGCCGAGCAUCGAAGAAGCCGUCGAAACUGUUCAUUUGGAGAUAAACGAGCAGUUGAGGGCGGAGAACGAAUUCCUGAAGGACCAGGCGAACGAGCUGCACAACUAUCGGCAGAAGAUCGAGACGGACGGGAAAACGAUCGAGGAGCUGCGGCUGCGCAUCCAGAGUAUGGAACGGGAGUUGCUGACGGCGAAGAACUCAAAGAGAGCGAGCAGCUCGUGA